UUGGAUGUCUUUUGCAUAGCAUACAAUUGGUCUUAAUGAGGUACAGAUAGUGUAGAAAAACAUAACGUUUUGGAGUUGAUAAAGUUCACGUGGAAUAUAUUAAUAUUUCUUACAUUCCGAAGAAUACGCACAUAAGUACCAUGGCUGUAAGCAACAUAACCUUCCAUUUGAGUAAAGUGGGAGCUAGUAAAACCACGAGUUGGUUUAAUAUGAGAAUAAUGACUUUCCAGAGUUCAGCACUACUUAUGGAUAAGGUGCCGCAAGCUAAUUCAGUAGAUGAGACUGAUGUUUUGAUAGAAAAUGUAAAGGACGCGGGUAUUAUAACACUCAAUCGUCCCAAACCCCUUAAUGCACUGAACCUAUCAAUGAUCCGAAAAAUUUAUCCAACACUGAAAGGAUGGGAAGGUUCCAAGAGGCUGGUUAUUAUAAAAGCUACUGGUCAAAAAGCCUUUUGCGCUGGUGGUGAUGUGAAAUCAGUUACCACAGCCCUGGACUUACCUGAUGGUAAGAAAUUAGGCCAAACGUUCUUCCGAGAAGAAUACACAUUGAACCAUCUUAUUGGCACAUACAAGAGUCCAUACUUGGCUUUACUAAACGGUGUAACAAUGGGUGGCGGUGUUGGUUUAUCAGUACAUGGUAAAUACCGAAUAGCAACUGAAAACACAUUGUUUGCCAUGCCAGAGACUGCCAUAGGUUUAGUACCUGACGUUGGUGGGACAUUUUUCUUACCUAGAUUGAAAGGAAAACUAGGAUAUUAUUUGGGUCUUACCGGUCACCGUCUGAAAGGCACUGAUGUACUCUUAGCUGGUAUAGCAACCCACUACGUGCUAUCAGAAAGACUCGGUGAUUUAACUAAUGAAUUAUUGGAAACAAACAGCAGCGACAUUGAUGUCAUAAUAAAGAAAUAUCAACCGAAUAAUUUCAGCCCUGAAUUCACGUUAAACCCAUAUUUAGAGCAAAUCGAUCAUUGCUUCACAGCCUCAAGCAUUCAGGAAAUAAUACAAAAACUCGAGUCAGAUGGAUCGGAUUGGGCAGUUAAGUCUCUGCAAUUAUUGAAAAAGAUGUCUCCCACAGCUCUUGCUGUUACGUUUGCAGCAUUAAAUAAGGGAGCUCAGCAAUCUUUGGCAGAAUGCUUGAAAAUGGAAUUCAGACUUACAUCUGCUGCACUGACAAAGGACGGAGAUUUUUACGAAGGAGUGAGAGCUCUUCUAGUCGACAAAGAUCAGAACCCAGUAUGGAAGCCUGCCACUAUAAAUGAAAUCUCUCCAAAGGACAUAAUGGCAAAGUUUGCUAAACUUCCGGCUACAGAGGAAUUAGAUCUUUAAUUAUUUUCUCGUUAACUUUAGGUAUUUCGCGGUUUUAUGAUCCCGCAGUAGUGUCAACUUUUUGAUCCCUGUCAAUUGGUGACCAUGAAACUGGAACGAUUAUUAUUAUUGUAGAGGAUGUUGUACUUCUCAGAGACACAGAUAAUCUUCAGAAAAUUUUCAUAUGUCGAUAAAGGUCUGUUAUGUAGAGUUUACUUGAAUAUCGAGUAACUCCCAAAAAAUCAUGCUUUUAGAAUCAAAUUUAGACAGUAUACUUUUAGGUAAUAUUCACUUUGUUACUAACGCAGUUAAUUGACGAAAAAUGAAUUAAAAUUAGGUUAUAAAAAUUCA